GGCGUCAGGGGCAUCUCCCAGACGGCUUCUAAGCGGAAUUCCUCCAAGUGGGAUUUUUGUCCUCGGUUUACUUACUCUUUAUUAUGAGAAGAAUUUGUACAUAAGAAAAUAAUGACAGUAAAAUACAACAGUGGUCGUGACAGACAGAACCCAGACGGGCGUGCUUUGUCAAAUAAGUGCCACCUCACCGGUAAAAACCGUACACCGUUUAUUACGGUGUUUGGUUGCUGUUUCGAAAAUCCCAGUGAUGCGAAUAGGUGGUUCUGAUGAUGGGGGAGUGGGCUGCAAGAAAAUGCCAUUCGCUGUUUCCGAGAGAGUAAGAGCAGAAGUUACACAACCAAGGUUUCCCAUACUGCGCUGCUGUUGACUUUGGGAGUCUCUGAUAAGACUAAAGACACAAUGUGAAACUGUUAAUUUUAAUCCGAAAGGAGGCUUACACUGGCACUGAAUUGAACGGUGGAAAAUGUCCGCUUGGUAGAUCGAAUCUCUUCUAAAAAAGCAGCCCUCGGUACUUUGUAUCUGACGGCUACCCAUGUCAUAUUUGUGGAAAAUGCACCUGACACAAGAAAAGAAACCUGGAUUCUUCACAGUCAGAUUUCCACCAUCGAGAAACAGGCUACAACCGCUACUGGGUGCCCUCUGCUUAUCCGCUGCAAGAACUUUCAGCUCUUGCAACUCAUCAUCCCCCAGGAAAGGGACUGCCACGACGUCUACCUCUCCCUCAUCCGCCUCGCAAGGCCAGUGAAGUAUGAGGAGCUAUACUGCUUCUCAUUCAACCCCAAGCUGGACAAAGAAGAAAGGGAGCAGGGCUGGAUGCUGAUCGAUCUCGGUGAAGAGUACAGGCGAAUGGGCCUCCCUAAUAACUACUGGCAGCUCAGCGAUGUGAACAGAGAUUACAGAGUUUGUGAUUCCUACCCUACUGACCUGUACGUUCCCAGGUCGGCCACGGCGCACAUCAUCGUGGGGAGUUCCAAGUUCAGGAGCCGACGGCGGUUUCCUGCGCUUUCUUACUACUACAGAGAGAACCACGCCUCCAUCUGCCGGAGCAGCCAGCCCCUGUCCGGCUUCAGCGCCCGCUGCCUGGAGGAUGAGCAGAUGCUCCAGGCCAUCAGGAAGGCCAACCCAGGAAGCGACUUCAUUUACGUCGUGGACACUCGGCCUAAACUUAAUGCGAUGGCAAAUCGUGCUGCAGGGAAAGGCUAUGAGAAUGAAGACAAUUAUUCCAAUAUCAAGUUUCAGUUUAUCGGGAUAGAGAACAUCCAUGUCAUGAGGAACAGUCUGCAGAAAAUGCUGGAAGUGUGUGAACUUAAAUCUCCCUCCAUGAGUGAUUUUCUGUGGGGACUGGAGAACUCUGGCUGGCUGAGGCACAUUAAGGCCAUCCUGGAUGCAGGGAUCUUCAUUGCAAAGGCAGUUUCAGAGGAAGGAGCAAGUGUACUUGUUCAUUGUUCCGAUGGCUGGGACAGGACUGCUCAGGUGUGCUCGGUGGCCAGCCUCCUGCUGGACCCUCACUACAGGACCUUGAAGGGCUUCAUGGUAUUAAUUGAAAAGGACUGGAUUUCCUUUGGUCAUAAGUUUAAUCACAGGUACGGCAAUCUAGACGGGGACCCAAAAGAAAUCUCUCCAGUUAUUGACCAGUUCAUUGAGUGCGUCUGGCAGCUAAUGGAACAAUUUCCCUGUGCCUUCGAGUUCAAUGAGAGGUUUCUGAUUCACAUUCAACAUCAUAUCUAUUCCUGCCAGUUUGGAAACUUCCUAUGUAACAGCCAAAAGGAGAGGCAAGAACUCAAAAUCCAGGAAAGAACACACUCUUCCUGGGCUCACCUGUGGAAGAACCGUGCUGACUACCUGAAUCCUCUGUUCAGAGCUGACCACAGCCAGACCCGCGGAGCCCUUCGCCUCCCCACGGCGCCGUGCAGCUUCACGCACAAGUUUUGGAGUGGAAUGUACAACCGCUUUGAAAAGGGCCUGCAGCCCCGACAGUCAGUCACAGAUUACCUCAUGGCCGUGAAGGAGGAGAGCCAGCAGCUGGAGGAGGAGCUCGCAGCCCUAGGAGAAAGGCUGGAAAAAAUUCAGAAAGUCCAGUUAAAUCGCACUGAAGUGAAGAGUAAUAAGCAAUGUGAACCCAGCAAACACUCAGGGUUUUCUACCUCAGACAACAGCACAGCCAACACGCCCCAGGACUACAGUGGAAACGUGAAAUCAUUUCCGUCCAGGAGCCCUUCACAAGGCGAUGAAGAUUCUGCUCUGAUUCUAACCCAAGACAACUUGAAAAGCUCAGACCCUGAUCUGUCAGCCAACAGUGACCAAGAGUCUGGGGUGGAGGAUUUGAGCUGCCGCUCUCCGAGUGGCGGGGAGCGUGCCCCGAGCGAGGACAGCGGCAAGGACCGAGAUUCUGACGAGGCCGUCUUCCUCACUGCCUGAAGAGAACUUCCCGGGGAGUUCCAAAACAAAGGACACACACGAGACACUUUCCAAAAAUAAGGGAACAGUGCAAUUUAAGAUAAAACAUAACCCAAGAAAUGGUACAGGUCAUCGAGAAUUAUAAAAUGUAGCAAUGAAAAGGGAAAAAAGUCCAACUCUUAAGUUUCUCUAGGUGUUGAAGAACAGGAAGUAGCCAUUUCUUUUAUCAAAUAAAUAUAAGGAAAAUUAUUGCCCAUUUUGAAAAGCAUUCUAGACUGUGGAAGUUUUAUUCACUACAGAGCAGUGACCUCUACUGUCACUGGAGGUUACCAAUUCCAAUCUUCCUUGCACGGCAUGUGUCUGCUCAGAAAGUGCCCAGACCUCGUUCCUUCACACUUAUCAUCAUCUUUAGUCUUACCUCUUACUUCACUUCUAGAUGCAUAUUGUUUCCUAAAAUAUUUGAUGUUACCUUCUUUCCUGAAUCUGUUAUCAGUAUUUCUAAUGACAGAGCACAUUUUGGUUAACAGGUAGAUUUCUGUAAUUGGUGAGCUUUGUAACUGCUUAAGCUUAUCUUUCAGGUUUAACGAUCACUUCAGCUUUUCCUUAGAUAAUAUAUUUUGAAUUGUCAUAGUAGUUUUGUUGCCUUUUUCUGGAAUUUCAUAAUUCUCCUUAUUUAAAAAAUGCUAAAACUUAUAACUUACUUUUCUCUAACACCAGUCUAAUGCCUAAUAAAGUAGAAACAACAUUUACUCUCUGGUUCUUAACUAUGAAUUCAGAUCAUAUUAGCUUUUAAAGUAACAUCCUAACCUUUUAUUACUAUUCCAGAGACUGAAUUAACAGACAGUGGGUCAACCACCAGUCUGAUCCCUGCAGUACAACAGUGUGAAGUUACAGGGAACUAUUUCAAUAAGGGAAAGUCUCAGUUAAGAACUAGAGAACUUGGCUGUCAUAUAUCUUUAACCAGCAGAAUAGGUUUUGUCACUUUAGAAAUUAUGUAACUGGUUAAUAUGGUUUAAUCACACUUCACCUGCAGAGCCGAGGCAGCAGUCCCAGCCAGCAGCCCUGCUCACCUGCAGAGUCAGGACAGGGGUGCGGUCCAGCUGGGGAGCUCGGCAGGGCGCAGGCCUGCCCACCUCAGGCUCCCGGAGCGGGAGGUGUGCUGGCCCUGGAGUCCGGGUGGCUCAUGCCCAGGCACAAGAGCUGGGCCAUGGCCCCGCCUGCUGCAGACUGUGGCUCCUGUCCCCUCCUGACGACAAAACCUGUUCAGGAAAAUUUGGAAAUUGCCUGAAGUGGGCCUUCUCUGUCCUUCCUAGGCAGGAUCCAGAGACAUAUCCCACCCUCUGCGGAGCGUGGCCCACAGCCCCACUGGACAGGAAGGGCUGGCGAAGACACCUGGAAGCCAUGUAACCCAACAGCUCCUGAGCUGAGAGGCAGGUGAGCAGAGCCGAGAGCCCUCAGGGCAAAGCCUAGUUUGGCCAGGGAACCUGGGGCACAGGCUGGCUUGAGUUAAGACCACAAAGAGCAUGAAUGACCUUUGAGCUGCUUCUCUUGCUGUGCCUGAGCCCUAAUGAUUGCUGAAAACAGCCAUCGGCCCGCCUGACCCGGGAACUUGACCAGAACGCGUGGGAAGCUGCCUAACUCGUCCAACACUGUCUGCAGUGGCAGCUGACAGAGAGCACCGCCCGUGGCUCGCCCUGUUUGCAGAGCAAACUGGUGGCUGCACCUGACCAAGUUACUCAGUGCACAUUCCUGCUUGAUUCAGGGCCCCUAACAACGAGCUGUGUAGGCCUUGUGCCCCAGCCUGCUGCCCCAGGAGGGAGGGGAGCUAACUUCACAGCCCCCACCGACUGUGGAGUGCAGCACCCAGUCCCAGCUAUCUAGAGACAGGGACCCGGGAGCCCAGGUAGCCAUGAGGCCUGCACCACGGCCUCACCUGGGUAGGGAGCCAACCAGCAGUCCUACCCCUCCCCUCCUCCUAGUGCUCCAACAGAUGCCUCGCCCAGAAGUAGGCCCUAAUAGCAGGCCCCACCUGCUAAGGACGUUGCCAGCAGAUGUGUCCAGAAACCCAGACUGAGCUGAUUGGUGAAGUGCUGUCUCUGUCAAAGCAAAUCUGCAAAGUCUGGAAGAGGAGACCACUUACUCACAUGCACAAACACCAAGGAAUCAAAAGUCAGGUAAAUGUGACACCACCAAAGGAAACUAAUGAAGCUUUACUAACUGAUCCUAUGACUUGUCAGAGAAUUCAGAAUAAUCCUCUUGAAGGAGUUCAGUGAACUAGAAAAACACAUGGACAACUAAACAAAAUUAUGAAAACAAUGCACAAACAAAAAUAAGUCUGCCAAAUUAGAACUUCCCCCGUAAAAAAAAAUUCCUAGAGCCAAAAAGUACAAUAAUUGAACUUUGAACAAAAUAAUUCAAUACAGCUUCAAAAGCAAACUUGACCACAGACCCAGAGACCUGGGAGAUAGAACAACUGAAAUUACCCAGAGGAGCAAAAAAAAAAUAAAUAAAAAAAUAAAAAAAAAUAAAAAAAUAGUUACAGAGCCUAUGUAUUCAUGGGAAACAAUGAAAUGAAACAAUAUUCACAUUAUGCGAAUUCAAGGAGAGGAAAAAGAGAAAGAAACAGAAAGCAUAUUUAACACAACAAUGGAUGAAAACUUCUCAAACGUGGGGAGAGAAACAGACAUCCAGAUCCAAGAGGCCCAAAGGACUCCUAACAGCUUGAACCCAAACAGGGCUACAUUGAGACACACUGUAAUUAAACUGUCAAAAGUCAAAGACAGAAUUUUAAAAGCAAGAGAGAAGUUACAUACAUGGAAACCUCUAGAAGACUACUGGUGGAUCUCUGAACAGAAACUUUUUAGGCCAGAAGAGAAUGAGAUGACAUAUUCAAAACAUUGAAAGAAAAAAACAAAACAGUCAACCAAGAAUGCUUUAGAAAUGAAGGCAGGAAAAACCUUCUGAACAAACAAAAGCUGAGGGAGUUCAUUACCACUAGACGGCCUUACAAGAAAUGCUAAAGGGAGUUCUUUGUGUGGAAAUUAAAGGAUGCUAAUUAACAUCAGAAAAACGUAAGACGGCAGUGUAAACUCACUGGUAAUGGUAAAUACAUAGUCAAAGCUGGAUUCUGUAAUAGGGUAAUGGUGGUUUAUAAUUCACUCACAACUCUAGUUUAAAAGUUAAAAAAUAUACUAAAAAUAACCAUAACUACAAUAAUCUGUUAUUAGUUACACAAUAUAAAAAUAUGUAAAUUGUAACAUUAAUAACCUAAAAUGAGGAG